UGUGUUUGCAAUUGAACUCAACUUACAAUAAACUACAUUUGUCUAUAAGUUGUGAUAAACUAUUUGUGAAAAAUUAUUUCUGAUUUCAACUGUAUUUAUCGAAAUCUAAUCAAUACUAAAGUUAUCAAAACUAAUCACUAAUUUCUAUAUGACUUGAUAUCCAUUACUUUGCAUUAGUUUUCCAAAAACCUUAAUCAUUUUUAGUGAUUAUUUGGUCUCCCAUUUCAUUAGAAAAGACUUUAUUAUAAUUGUUAACAUUUAAUUGAUUUGUUGUCAAUAGUUCUGUGGCUAAUAAAAUGGCAAAAGUAUUGAGCGGUAAAGAGGUGUCGGAGCAGAUCCGCGACAAACUGCGCGAUGAGGUGAAGAAGUUGCCAUUGGCUCCGGUGUUGGCCAUCGUUCAGGUCGGCGGUCGAGAGGACUCUAAUGUCUACAUCCGCAUGAAGAAGAACUUCGCCCAAUCGGUUGGAGUGGACGCCAAACACAUCCAAUUACCCAAAUCAACCAAUGAGAAGGAGUUAAUCAGAAAAUUAGAUGAACUCAACAAGGAUAAGUCUGUUCAUGGCAUUAUUGUUCAGUUGCCCUUUGAUUCUGAGCAUCCCAUUGAUGCCAAUAAGAUCACCAAUUUAGUGGCUCCUCAUAAGGAUGUGGACGGUCUAUCGGACGAGAAUGCGGGUAAACUAUUGCACGGACAGGUGGACGGCACCAAUAGUUUCCUUCCCUGUACUCCCAAUGGUUGUAUGGAAUUGAUUAAGAGAUCUGGAGCUCAAAUAGCCGGUGCAAAUGCUGUGGUGAUCGGUCGCAGUAAGAUUGUUGGCUCACCAAUGGCUCAGUUGCUAAUCUGGAACAACGCGACGGUUACCGUCUGCCACUCGAAGACUAAAAAUCUCAAAGAAGUGGUAAAAAGUGCCGAUAUAUUAGUAGUGGCUAUCGGACAGCCAUUACUUGUGAAAAAGGAUUGGAUUAAACCGGGCGCCGUUGUCAUCGAUUGUGGCAUUUCCUCAAUACCUGAUUCCACCAAAAAGAGUGGUUCCAGACUUGUUGGAGAUGUAGACUAUGAUGAUUGUAAAGAUGUUGCCGGUGCUAUCACUCCAGUCCCGGGUGGUGUUGGACCCAUGACUGUAGCCAUGCUUAUUAGCAAUACAGUCGAUGCAGCAAAAGUGGUAAGUAAAUGAUUAAUUAAAUAAAGCAAAAUUUUUGUAAAAUUAUUUUGUAGUAAAUUUUAAUAAAAAUGAUGUCUUUUCUCUAACA